AUGCUCACCGACAUGAAGCUGUGUUCAGCCGUAUGCGCUCUUUCACUACCGCCCACGAGGUGCUCGGAUCGUCGUGCUUUGUCACAGGAUGUGGCGCGGUUGCAGGGGUUCCAACCAGUGCAGAUGCUUCCUCGCAGUGGCACCCCACCGCCCAGAGUGAUCGAAUCCAUGGACUCGCGAAGGCCUUGUCCACUGCCGUCUUCGACAGUGAGCAAAGCCGGUAGCAUCGGUUUGCUCAGUGUGGCGAGUCUCUCCUGCAAAUCUGCGCUUUCGACAGCCUCAACAAUUUCGGGCUCAACGAGCCCUGCUUUGGACAUUGGCAAUAGUGAGGAGGAUGAUGCUCCUCAAACGAAAACGUUGAUGCGGUGUGCUGCAUGGAGGCCUCCGCCUUACGAGGAUCCCUGGAAGGACCACCCAGACAUCGCUGACGAAGACUGGGAGGCCUGGCUGGCUGAUUUUCGGGAGCUGCAGCAGAAGCAGAGACAAAGUCCGCGGACCUGGGAACGAGCCCAGCGCCCGAACCUGCCCACAUCCAACGCUCAAAGCGGGACGGGCCCAAGCCUUGCUUCCUGGAUGGAUGCAGAGGCCCGGUGCCAUGAGGCCGCACGGAGGAGGCCAUCCAAGCUGCCAGCAAGCUGCCUCAUUGGCAUCCCGGACGGGGAAGCGACGAUGAAAAGGGUCCGAAAGGCGGCUGCGAAAGCAAACGUCCAAUCAAGCUGA